CAACUAUCCUUUUAAUUGAAAAAGACGAGUGGAUAGUGAGGUUCAUAACAUUCAAAAUAGAAGGUGAAUUUAUGUGAAAAUGAAAGUAUCGAUUAUUUUUAUUUUUCUGAACAUUCUUAUCUUCGCCAGAACUCAGAUCACAAUGAAAUCAAGUUUAACGCCAGGCAUAGUGAGACAGACUUUUGAUAUAAGUCCUGACGGGACGUACAAUUAUGCUUUCCAAACAGAAAAUGAAAUUUAUGUAGAAGAAGAGGGAUACAUCAAUGGAGAGAAUAAUUUGGUCAAAAAAGGACAAUAUCAGUACACUGCUCCAUCUGGUGAAAUUAUACGGACGAUAUACACAGCCGAUGAAGAUGGUUUUCAUCCACAAGGUUCCCAUUUACCAACAGCCCCGCCGCAACCAUCCGGUUCUUUCAGUUUGAGUAACUGGCCCUAAUAUAAUUUAAAAAUUGAUAAACAAAGUGUUUUUGUUCAAAUUUCUAAU